AUGAAAGCAUACUGUUGUGUUCUAGUUGCCUUGUUGGCACUCACAGUACCCGCACAGGCGCUGCUUGGUGCUAAGUUGGCGCUUCUAAGGGCACUUGGCGGCGGUGGACUGGGAGGCGGUAGUUCCGGUGGUAGCGGUGGCGGUGGCGGCUACAGUUACGGCAACGGCGGCUACUCAGGUGGCUAUAAUCAGGGAUAUUAUACACAGCCGAGCCGGCCAGUGUACAGCGGCAACAGCUACGGCGGUGGUGGCAGCUAUGGUGGUGGUGCCAGCUACGGCGGUGGUGGCAGCUAUGGUGGCGGUUACGGCGGCGGCUAUGGCGGCGGCUAUGGUGGCGAGCAAGUUAUCAAAGUCAUUAAAGUCAUUGAACAGCCGCAGUCCUAUGCUCGCUCUAGCGGCUACUCUGGCGGUGGCUACAACAGUGGCAGCUACUCGAGCUCCUAUGCUGGCUCUAGCGCCGGUUCAAGCUGGGCACCUGCUCCCGCCCCCGUCGUGAGCGUCCCUGCACCUCAGCCCGCACCCGCCAUCACAUACUCGGCCCCUGCUGUUACCUAUUCUGCACCGGCGGUUAGCUACUCGGCCCCCGUCGCGCAGCCCGCCAUCACCUACUCAGCUCCAGCUCCGGCUCCGGCUCCCGCUAUCACCUACUCAGCUCCCGCUCCGGCACCCGCUCCAGUUCCAAUAUCGAUUCCCGCACCACAGCCCGUCGUACGCGUGCAACCUGCACCCAUCAGCUAUAGCAUCCCAGCACCCGCCCCUGCCCCACAGCCAAUUGUGGUGCCACAGGCCAUUCCACAGCCGCAGCCCCAGCAGUAUGUGAAGACCAUUAAGCUGAUUGUCGAUGAGGGCGGUGCCGGUGCUGGCUACAAUAAUGUGCCCAGCCAGUCGUAUGGCCCCCCACCACAGGCAGCCACCACCUAUUCCACAGCUUCUUCUUCGGCGGCUGCUUCCAGCGGUUGGAACAACGCCGGCAGCGGCUGGAACAAUGGCGGCAGCGGCUGGAACAGUGGUGGCAGCGGCUGGAACAAUGGUGGCUGGAAGAGCGGCGGCAUCUGGGAAAAAUUGGGCUGCUAG